ACAAACAAGCUAUUCUAUUGCAAGUGAUAGCAGCUCAAAUGACCAACAAAUUGAAUGUUCGGUGAAUUUAAAAUGUAAACUCUCAAUUUGUAUUGAAUGAGAAAAUAAACGGAACCAAACUUCAAAUUAUUAACCGAAUGAAUUGGGACUAAACUUUGAUAUAUUUUUUUCAUCAUUGACAAUCUUUUUCUGGCGUACGGAUGAAUUUUAUAUUGUUUGGAUUUGCAAUGAAAUGGUGUAAAUAGCGAAUCGAGACGGUGAUUUCAAAAAUGUUUAUCGGCGCACACCGCAUACAUCACUCAGUCAAUUGUCACAAUCGAAUUCAUUGAAAUGCUGAAUUUUUACUGUCACGGCAAUGUUGCCUCACUGAAAUAGUCUACCAUUUAGAAUCGCAUCGCUUGUAUGUGUUUGAAAUUUUGCACACCGUUGAUGUCGUCGUCGUCAUCGUCGCUGAAAAUCUUCUUGUGCGGAAGAUAAAAAUGCUUUGACUCCGGAUGCAAAUGAUUAGAUUGAGAAAGCAAGUGGUAGUAUUCAAACGGACUUAAUUUCCAACAGUGAGAUUAGAGAAAAUUGCGUUGAUCGCAGAACGAAAAAUUAACGCAUUUUGAACUUUUUUUGUUUGUUUUAUCAGAGAUUCAAUUCAAGGACCGACAAUGACUGUAACCGAGGUGGCAGCUGAAAACACCAUUCCGAAGGGCAAAUACACGUUCAUCGGCGUCGAUAUCGAUACAACUGGUCGUCGCAUUUUGGAUGAGAUCGUACAUUUGUCCGCCUACAGCCCGAAAGAGCAAUUUGAUCAGUACGUUAUCCCGGUGAUGAAUUUAAAUCCAGCAGCACGGCAACGACACCAAUUGCGCAUAAUUACGGUUGGAUUUUUCCGCAUGCUAAAAUGUACAUUGACCAACAAAGUGGUCAAAUGCAAAACGGAGGUUGUCGCGUUGAAAACAUUUUUGGACUGGUUGGAGCAGCGCAAGGCUGCUGACGCUGCAUCAGAAGGGGUGGUUUUGGUUUAUAAUGAACCAAUCAAAUUCAUUCCGUACAUGCUGCUCGAAGCAUUGAAAAAAUACGAUUUGGUUGAUCGAUUUUCUCACCUGGUUGUCGGUUUCGUUGAUGGCCAUGCUUUGGCUGAAGCCAAAGGCGAUGCCAUCAAUAUUGAGGCCGUACGCGAAAUGGUCAAAGGACAGCUAAAAGCCGAAGAUCAGGAGAAGAAUUUUGAAGGCAAUGCCAUGAUGCGCGCACGUUUAGCCUACUUUUUGCUCGAGCAAAUGGCCAAAGAUGCGGCAAACGGCGAAACUGAAGACAUCAUCAGUUCCGAUUUGGUUCAAGGAUUUGUUCAUUCGGUCAAUGUGGACAUAAAUGAAUUGACGAACCAGAACAAAUGUAUCGAUUUGCAACACACGUUCCGGCCAAUUUUCGUGCAAUUCUUCAAAACAAACCUCUAUCAUCGCUAUAAGGCCGUUACAUUCCGUCGUGUUUUAGCCGAAAAAGGCUUCGAUCUGAAGAGUCUCGAAGACAUUUGGAAUGGAAAGAAGAAGGAUGGUUUGACUGAGAUAAUUUCGAAGAUGGAUGAGAUCAAGGAAGAGAAUCGCAGUGAAUUGGUCGAUAUUUUGGACAGUUACUUCGAUCCAGAAAAAGAGGCGAUUGUUCCGCCCACCAAAGCCAAUCCUCGUCGGCGUUCGUUCAAAAGUUCGAAGGGCUCACCACGCGAAAAUCGCCGCUCUCGCAAUGGUAACAACGAUAAAAUGGAUAAAAAGCAUCCCGCCGAGAGCAACAACAACGAAAUUGUGGCUUCGCCUGACUCCAACACGCGUUCGCCCCGUCGGCAACGUCGUUCACGACGACGCAUCAGCACAAAGCAAAUGGACAAAAGCAUUACCGAAGUACCGACCACUGAAAUUGGUACCACAGUUAUUCCACCCGUAACAAUAACCGUAACCGCUCCUGAAAUCACCGUUGCAUGAGCAAAACGACCACGCAAAUUUUCCAAUCCCAUCACAUUUCAAAUCACAAUUUUAAACUAAAUUAGACAUGGUUAAUGCACAAUGAAUAAGCAAAAUCAUUAUUAGUCAACUGAUUCCAAACGGAUUAACGAUUCAAUCGUUUGCUCAUAUUUAAUUUUAUAAUGCCAGCAAAAAGCAUGAUUUUCUCAUGAAUUUAAACUCAUUCAAAAUUUUCGGAACAAAAACAGAAAACAAAACAAUUUGAAACACAAAAUUUUCUGAAUACUUAUAUCGAACAAACGCCUAAAUCACCAUAAAAAAAAGCAUAAAAAAUGCGAAAAUGGGCUCUUAUGGCUUAAUAUAUUAUUCAGUACAAUUUUUAAAAUGAACAAUAACAAAACUUUAAUUUCAAUUGAUUAUUUGCAACAAAUGAUACAAAAAUAUCUUACCUUCGAAAACUGUUGGAACAGUUAACACAAUGUAAUUUCCAUUCAAGUUUGUUAUAAUAAAGACUCACAGUUCAAUGGAACAAAA